UUUAUCAUUAAAACAAUUCACACACAAUUUACACUUUUUCAUUAUACAUACAUUAGUAACCUAAAAUUAGAUAUUUUUUAUAAGGAACUCAGUGGUGUAUAGAAGAAUGAUAUUUUGAACUUCAGAAUGGAGACUGGACAAGAUGGAGACAUAGUAUUCCUAUUCGAUAUGGUGGUCACAAGACUAGAGCUGUACAAACCUGUGAAAGAACCGGAGAAAUGCGAAGUGCAAGUCAAGUUUGCAGGUCAAAAUAUUAAAGUAACAGGUAGCAGGGUGAAUGUCAGCGACUUUGUGAACAAUAGAAAAACCGAGUUCAUCAGCACUCCCUCCGUUUUGCGAAAAACCCUGGGGGACCAAGGAAUGCAGAUGGCCGCCCGUUACGAAGGCUCAUCCUUGGGCAACAGUGCCUUGAUUUUUCCUGACACCGUUAUUGACCAAAUAUCUCCCACCAUGAGUGAUCUUUUUUACGAGGACACACUCCUUCUGAUGCGUAGAACUGACUGCGUCGGCUCAAUAAGCAUACUUAUAUCCCUGACCGUCAAGUGCACGGAAAAUGAAAUCGUUCAGCAACCGCGCAGGUCGAGUUCGCGACGGUCUUCAAGGAAAUCGUCUGCCCUGAUCAGUCCCAAAAAAGUGGAGGAAAAAGUGGGAUGCCAGGGCUUGGGGCCGACAUUCAAACCCCAAGAUGUGCUGUUUGUCAUUGGCGAUCCCGAUCCACUGUUGAAGAUUCCUUCGGAGCCGUGCUUCGAGCUUUUUCCAGAGGAAGGCGAUGAGCGACUGGAAUUGGACUUGCAGCGCUAUAAGAGUCGGCAGAAUCGUCGAGUGAUCUUCCCGGAUGACGAUCCCUGUCCCAAGGACAAGCCCUCUUUUACCCAGCUUAAAAAUCUCACAGAUGACUACUCGAAGAUAAUCGGCUUGGUAGCAGAUAAAGUAAAGCGGAUGGGAAUGCCUCCAAGUUCGGGGGUCAAUACAGAGCCAGCUUCGGAAAAGAACGCUCAAACUCCAAAUAUUCACAAGGAAAUCCCAGAAGAACGAUAUAUACCUGUUUCGCUAAAAGAUGAUGGUGAAACUGGUGUGAAACCCAUACGUUUUUGCCCUGUUUGCUUGUAUUCCAUGUCCUGGAUGCCGAAAUAUACACCAUGCCCAAGAUGCAACACUAAAGCACGUCCUGUUCUGGAAGGACAUCGUGAGAAGGUGUUAACAGCCGAUGAAAUCGUAGCCGAACAGCUAGUGAAACCAAAACAACUCACUGAAUCUGAAGAGUUUUCCGAGAAACCUUGCCAGGGAGCAAUCCUACAUAUAAAGAAAAUCAAGAAAAAGAAGAAAACUGGACUGGGAGAUCCGGUUCCCGAUUCAGACACGGAUGAGGAAUGUCCUCCGUGCCGUUGCACUUGCACAGUGGGAAAAAUUUGCGCCCAUUGUCGCAUUGGCAAAUUAUGCGAGGACAUUUUCGAGGGUAAGAGCAAAAAGGAGACAACGAUGCAGAAAUCAGCAGAAGUUCCGCAGCCGACUUUUGACGAGGACUUUUGCGUCAUAACAGAGCCCAUCGACGAUCGUCCUUAUCUUUCGAGGGUUUUCAGCGAACUUAAGAGUUUGUAUAACAUGCAUGACGCCAAGAAGCUCCAGAAACGAUGUGAAUCCCAGACACUGCUCCCAAUCCGCGAACCAAGAUCCGUGACAUCAUAUAAUCCUACCCGGGCUGGCUUUAAUCCGCACAUUCCCGAAAGUUUCGAACGCCAGACGGCGGGUCACAGAAACUGUCUGCCAGUGGAGCAUUUGGUUCCUCGUCGCCACGGUUGGGAUUGGCCCAGAUCUUUGGAGGCCAAGAAGCACGGCUGGAGGCCUGGUUCCAUCCUGCGCGCAGCUGUUCAGGUGAUGCGCUUCUUCCUGAUGCCCAAGAAGGAUCGCAACUUGUGCCAAAAGAUUACUGCUGCCCAAGAGAAUAAGGAGCGAAGCAGUCUUCCAGCUCUGAAUAUUUGCAAGAAGGACGACGUGAUAUUUGUAACUCUUUAUGCCCUCGACUCUCUGAAUAUGAAACAGAAGCCCAUCACUUUCCGGAUCGUCAAAAGCGACUUGGCGGUGGCACUGCGGCAGAUAAAGCGUGCUCUGAAGGAUCAGGGCUUCGAGAAGUGCACCUGCCACAAGUCCCUGAUGCUGUGCACCUGCCGCGAUGCCUUCGAUAAGUUUCUCCUGAACAAGGCUCUUAGAAAGGAGUGCCAGCGACGCCUCAUGGAACCGUGUCCGGAGCACUUGGUGCUCACCGAUACGAGUGUGAGCGAUUUGGAAUUUGACCUGGGUGUGACUCCGCCGGCUGCAAAUCGGUGGCCCAAGCAGAAAGCCAUCCGAAACGUGCUUAACCAGAGCACUCAGACGGGGCCAAAAGCAGAGCAAAUGAUUCCCCCCAGGUAUCCAGUGCCAGAUAGUCCCUACUGGAGGGCCUACGACUGCGCUGUCGGAGAUCGCUACAUGGGCACAGCCUUCGGCAGCAAUUUGGAGACAGCUUUCGAGGACGGGAUAUACGGCUACAUGGGCGGAGGUCAGCAUGGAAGAGCUCCCGUUUGGCGAGAUCCGAGGGUUUGGGGCAAGCGAACGGGCGCACCCAUGCCCAUCGGAACCGCUCCCUCUACCUACGAUCCUUAUCGGUUCACCAGAACUGUUUGGAAGGGACUUCCCAAAAAUAUUAUUCACCAAAUGCGCACUAAUCGCAAACAAUAAUACUUCUAAGAAUAAAUAUUUUUUAUGUCAGCUA